AUGCCUCAAGGCGAGAAGCGCAAAAGAUCUGUCAAGCCUUUAGCGGCUCGAAAGCGGAAUGCUAUCCUUGAGGCCAAGCGUCAUGUCGAUCGAAGUCAGGCCGUUCGAGGCGAUAAAUUGAGUUGGAGGGAAGUCACAGUUUCGAGUCGUCUUGAUGAUGCAGAAGGAUUUUACGGGCUAGAGGAACUUUCAGAUGUCGAAGUAAUUCACGAUGGGGAUGGCAAAGGUGUUCUGUUUCGGCAGCCGAUACUAGCAGAUGCGACGAAAGGCGUGACCGAUGUUGAGGAAUGGUCAGGUUUUAGUGGCGACGAAAACAGUGAGGAGCAGGAGUUAUCCUCCGCAAGCGACAAGCCAGAGAAACCCCCUACAUCGACUGACAAAUCGUCCGACAAGCAAAAGAAGCCUCCGCCGAAGCAGCCAGCGUCAGAAGAAUUGGCCAAAGACACGCAAUUCAGCCUGCUAGGUAGCGAUGCACCUGAACCGGAAAUAGACAUGUCAGCAUGGGAUCAACUUAAUCUCUCGGACCAGAUGUUGUAUGCGCUUUCGGCCCUCAAAUUCGGUAGUCCUACGCAGAUUCAGCAAACCACGAUCCCGUUAAUACUGGAAGGGAAGGAUGUGAUAGGUAAGGCUGUGACUGGAUCUGGCAAGACUCUGGCUUUUGGCAUUCCCAUUAUUGAAACCUGCCUCGAGUUACAUGCUUCUCGGUCGCGUUCAAAUUCUACACUUCAUUUAGAUGCACUCAUUUUAGCACCAACUAGAGAGCUUGGUCAUCAGAUCUCUAAGCACCUGACAGCUGUCUGCGAAGGCCUCGAUUCGCCUCCAAAAGUGGUCACCGUCACAGGAGGAUUGUCCGUACUGAAACAGCGGCGACAGCUUCAGGAUGCGGACAUCGUGGUCGGUACGCCUGGUCGGCUUUGGGACGUCAUCAAUGAUUCAAAUGACCUGCUCGAAAGAUUCAAGAAUGUGCGAUACCUCGUGGUCGACGAGGCAGAUCGAUUACUCAGUGAAGGUCAUUUCCAAGAGCUCGAAGACAUUUUGGACGCAUUGGAUCGGAAGGUUGUGGACGAGGAUAGAGAAGACCACGUAGAGGCUCAAUCCGCGACUUCGCGUCAGACUCUCGUCUUCUCCGCAACUUUUCACAAAGGCCUUCAACAAAAGCUCAAUUCUAGACAAAAAGAUCGGAAUGGUCACGAUAGGAACAACCUAAUAUCCAACAAAUCAUCGAUGGAAUAUCUAAUGCAUAAACUACCAUUUCAGGAAGGUGAAAAGCCAGUAUUUGUCGAUGCAAACCCACAAUCUCAAAUGGCUGAGAAGCUGGUUGAAACAAUUUUGGAAUGCAAAGCUAUGGAAAAGGACCUGUACCUCUAUGGCUUUCUGCUUGAUGAUCAGAACAGACGCAAGAAGGCUUUGCAGCAAGCGAGAAAUGGACAACGUAUGACUGGCACAGCUAGAACGCUGGUGUUCACAAAUUCUGUCUCUGUUGUUAAGCGUCUGGUGUCUCUUUUGCAGAGGCUUGAACUACCAGAUACGGCCAUCUCCCCUCUACACAGUAACAUGCCUCAGAAGUCCCGUCUACGCUCGCUUGAACGAUUUUCUGCAUCCAGUGAGAGCACAAAAAGCCUGGCUACCUCUGUGUUAAUAGCUACAGAUGUCGCUGCUCGUGGUCUGGAUAUCAAAGGUGUCACGACAGUCGUGCAUUACCAUGUGCCUCGCACAGCUGAUACUUAUGUCCAUCGAUCAGGUCGAACUGCACGUGUUAACGAGUCCGGCAAUUCUGUCUUGUUAUGUUCUCCAGAUGAGGUCCUGGGGGUGAGCAACCUAAUAGCCAGAACUCAUCAACAUAAACAAGCACUUUCCGGGAAAGACAUGAGCAAGCUCAUAGAUCGAAUGUACUUGUCAAAUGGUUUGCUUCGCCAGAUCACUCGCAGAGUCGAACUUGCACAAAAACUCGUGGAGUCAACGGAUAGUACAGCAAAAGUGAAGAACGAUGAUAAUUGGCUUCGAACGGCAGCGGAGGAACUAGGCGUUGAUUACGACAGCGAUGAGUUCGAAAAUGCAAGUAAGCACACACGCAGAGGAAGAGGUGGAGAAAAAGAGCGGAGACAGAAAAGGAUUGCGAACGAAGAGACAAGUCGAAACAAAGCUCUGCAGAUAAAAGCCCAGUUGAAAGAGGAGUUGUCUAAUCGCCUCGAUUUGGGUGAAGGCAUGGGCACAAACUUCAAAUAUUUGGCAGGAGGAGCGGUUGAUGUGGAUCAAUUGCUUGCGGAAAGAGCUCAACAAUAA